CCAGAAUUCUUCCUUUCAGUGCAACACUUCAAGCACGAUGACAUCUCCAAAGUUUGUCCUCUACCUGACAUGUUUGGUGCUCGGGGAAGUUGCUCUGACAACUGCUCUGAAAUCAUCCUCAUCUGUUCGUCGAGAGAGCCGAGAAACUGGAGAGAAACUGACUUUACAAUGUUUCAAUGAAGAUGAAAGUGUUACACAGGUGUUCUGGUUCAAACACACUGUGGGAGAGAAACUAAAGAUCAUCUCGUCUGUCUACAAAUAUACCACUAAUGAUACUUUUCAUGGUGAGUUCAAGAACAAUCCACGCUUCUCACUGGAUGCUCAAGGCGGUAGAAACCAUUUGACAAUCUCAGAUUUGCUCGUGUCAGACUCAGCUACUUAUCACUGCUUAAGCUGCCGUUACUGCAUGGUGGAAGUUUUGGAAACCGUUCACGUGGAUGUGAAGAGUUCAGGGUUUAAAGUCCCAGCCGUCCUCCAUCAGUCAGAGUCUGAGACCAUCCAGCCAGGAGGCUCUGUGACUCUGAACUGUACCGUCCACACUGGGAGCUGUGAUGGAGAACACAGUGUUUACUGGUUCAAAGACUCUGAAGAAUCUCAACCAGGACUCAUUUACACCAGUGGAGGAAAGAAGGAUCAGUGUGAGAGGAAGCCUGAUUCACAAACACACACCUGUGUUUACAACUUGCCAAUGAAGAACCUGGAUCUGUCUCAUGCUGGGACCUACUACUGCGCUGUGGUCUCAUGUGGACACGUUCUGUUUGGAGACGGGAUCAAGCUGGACUUUACAGGUGACGAGAAGUUUCCUUACUCUCUGGUGUAUUUCUUGAGUGGAGGCUGGGCAUGCACUACCAUCCUGGUUCUUUUCUUAGUGUGCAAGAUGAACAACAGAAGCUGCCAGAGUGCACGGUCUGAGAACGAUGGAGGCGCCGCCACAACAACUGCAGAGGUUUGGAGAAAAGGUCAUAAUACCCAUCUGUACUCAGCGGAUCCCAAGACCUACAUAUCAAGAGCAGACGACACCUGGAGUGAAUGUGUGUACUUUCAUGUCCAACAGUAGAAGUGGACACAUUUUAAUCAUUUGUACUUUCUAUAUAAUGUUUGAAAACUAUAUUCAUCUUUUGUGUGAAACUUCAUGUAAACUGAGUGAUAAACAGUGUCUUCAAUUUCCUUUACUCAAAUCAAUGCAAAACAGCAACAACACCAGUUUGAAGCCAAAUGUGAUUUGUCUGUAAUCAUAAGCAGCAACUAACAAUGUGCACCUUUAAUCAUGACCAGCAGCAGCCAGACUUCAAUCAACCAACCUUUAUUUGUAUAGUGCUAAAUCCCAACAAAUGUUAUCUAAAGACUCUUUCCAAACAGAGCCGGUCUAGACCACUUUAUGUUCUAUUAU